UGCUACGCGCCAGACUAGGGGUCAGUGGGCGGGGCGUGGAGGGGGCUUGGCUAGGGAGCCCGCCUGAAUUAGCUAGAGUGGGGUGGCCUCGAAGGCGGGGCCAGGGCGGUGAUACAGGCCUGGGGGCGGGGCUACCGGGCCCAGGGUCGCAUGGAGGCGGGGCCGAAGUAGUGGCACAAGGGUAGGGGUGGGGCCUCGGUGCGGCGAGGCGGCGGGCAACCCGGAGGCUGGUUGGCGGGCGGGCAGAGGUGCGGAUAGCGCGCAGUACUAUCCGUGGAGGGCCAUGGCCGCUUCUCCAGUCCCCGGCGGUGGCGGUGCGGGAGCUGUCCACUCCUCCAACGCGUCUGGCUUCGCCUUCGAUUCGGGACUGGAGAUCAGAACGCGCUCGGUAGAACAGACUCUUCUGCCUCUGGUUUCCCAGGUACCGCGGCCCCUGGUCCCCGUGUGCGCUGCCCGCGAUGGCGGCGGGCGCUCUUACCUCCGUCAGGCAUGGCGGGGCGGGAGGCGCCGUUGUCCCGCAUUCCGCGAGCACGGCGGCCGCACAGCGAGACUCGCGUGGGGGCCCAGAGCCGGGCGACUACUCCCGGGCUCUCUGUGUGGCGCUGGAGCCCAGCAGAUUACCACACUUAUUAACCAUAAAGAUAAUACCAAAAAGUCUGAUAAAACUCUGCAAGCUAUUCAGCGUGUGGGACAAGCUGUCAACUUGGCAGUUGGAAGAUUUGUUAAAGUAGGGGAAGCUAUAGCCAAUGAAAACUGGGAUUUGAAAGAAGAAAUUAACGUUGCCUGCAUUGAAGCUAAACGAGCAGGUGAAACAAUCGCCUCACUCACAGAUGUGACGAAAUGGAGCCAUUUGGAAUCAGAUGGUCAGGUCACAAUUCUGACAGACAAAACAGGAGUUGUACAGGCCGCCCGGCUGCUGCUCUCCUCAGUGACAAAAGUGUUGCUGCUGGCAGAUCGUGUAGUCAUCAAGCAGAUAGUGACAUCGAGAAACAAGAUUCUUGCAACCAUGGAAAGGCUAGAGAAAGUAAACAGCUUUCAGGAAUUUGUUCAGAUAUUCAGCCAGUUUGGAAACGAAAUGGUGGAGUUUGCAUAUCUAACAGGAGACAGACAAAAUGAUUUGAAAGAUGAGAAGAAAAAGGCCAGAAUGGCCGUGGCGAGGGCCGUACUUGAAAAGGGCACGAUGAUGCUCCUCACAGCCUCAAAGACGUGUCUCAGGCAUCCCAGCUGUGAGUCAGCCCACAAAAACAAAGAAGGAGUGUUUGACCGGAUGAGAGUGGCCUUGGGGAAGGUCAUCGAGGUCGCAACUGACUGCAGACUCAGUGGAGAGGCCGACACCUCAGCUGUUGGCAUUUUUACUGGGAUUAAAGAGUUGAAGUUGAAUAUUGAAGCUCUUCGGGAGAAUGUUUACUUCGAGUCCAAAGAGAACCUUUCUGCUGCCUUGGAGGUCAUCUUGGAGCAUGUGGAGGACUUCACCGAUUCUGCCUACACCAGCCACGAGCACAGGGAACGCAUCUUGGAGCUGUCUACUCAGGCGAGGACAGAGCUGCAGCAGUUCGUUUCCGUGUGGAUGCAAGCUCAAAGCAGGAAGACAAAGAGCGCCGCCGAGGAGCUGGAACUCACUGUUCUGAAGAUCGGCCAGAGCCUCGACGAGCUGAGAAAAGAACUCCAUUGUACAGCCAUGCAGCUGGCAGCCGACCUGUUAAAAUUCCAUGCUGAUCAUGUGGUUUUAAAAGCAUUAAAAGUUACUGGAGUAGAAGGAAAUUUGGAAGCUUUGGCUGAGUAUGCCUGUAAACUCUCUGAGCAGAAAGAACAGCUUGUUGAGACGUGUCGAUUGUUGCGGCAUGUAUCCGGCACAGAACCCCUUGAGAUAACAUGCAUACAUGCAGAGGAGACAUUUCAGGUGACCGGCCAACAGAUCAUUUCUGCUGCUGAAACAUUGACGUUGCAUCCAUCUAGCAAAAUCGCUAAGGAAAACCUGGAUGUGUUUUGUGAAGCUUGGGAAUCCCAGAUUAGUGAUAUGGCAACGCUGCUAAGAGAAAUCAGUGAUGUGUUUGAAGGAAGACGAGGAGAGAAGCAUGACCAUCUUUCACUCCCAAAGCCCAUGAAGAAUAAUGCAAACCUGAAAUCAGUAAAGCCUGACAAACCUGAUUCAGAGGAGCAAGCCAGGAUAGCAAAGCUCGGGCUGAAGCUGGGCUUGCUCUCCUCUGAUGCUGACUGUGAAAUCGAGAAAUGGGAAGAUGAAGAGAACGAGAUCGUUCAACAUGGGCGGAAUAUGUCCAGGAUGGCUUAUUCUCUGUAUUUAUUUACUAGAGGAGAGGGCCCACUGAAAACUUCCCAGGACUUAAUUAACUUCCUAGAGGUUUUUGCUGCAGAGGGAUUAAAGCUUACUUCAAGUGUACAGUCCUUUUCAAAACAGCUAAAAGAUGAUGACAAACUUAUGCUUCUCCUGGAAAUAAACAAACUAAUUCCUCUCUGCCACCAGCUUCAGACAAUAACUAAGACAUCUUUGCAGAGUAAAGUGUUUCUAAAGGUUGACAAGUGUAUUACAAAGAUAAGAUCCAUGAUGACCCUCGUGAUCCAGCUUCUCUCACUUUGCUAUAAGCUACUGAAGAAAGAAAAUAACAGAUGGGUCUCAGCGACGAACAAAGAUACCAUGGAUAGUCAAACCUGAGCAGCCUGGGGUUCGUCUCUGGAAGACCAUGUGGCACAGCUGACAUUUUAAAAAGCAAAUGAUCUUUUUAAAGAGAA